GUAGGACGAUCACACCCUGCCACGUGGACUCAGUACCAUGGAGAGCGCUGCCAAUGCUGAACGCCAUUGUUUCCAUCCAUUUUCUACCGCUUGUCCCUUUUAUUAAAUGAUCAAGUUGGACAUGUCGCUCACAUCCUUUCUAAUUGAGUGCAAAAUUACUUCUUCGGUGCAAUCUGCUGCUUUGGUUAUUCCACCAUAACAGGAAGAGACAUCUCCCUAAGUAAACAAAAAGGUGUAAAUGAUCUGGCUGGGCUUUGGGGCCCUCCUAAAAGUAGUAACUCAGCAGCCCAAGGUUUAAUAUAUUGUCACCGCCAGAGUCUCGCGCCGCAAACCGAGGCAAAGCAAACACGCUAAAAGACUUUUGCAGCUUCUGAGGUAUUUUUUUGAAAUGGUUUCAAAUCUUGAAACUCAAUGUCUUAAAUCCCAAAAUAGCCCCGUCCCCUUCUAAAGGCCUGCAAGCAGCUACAGCCCUAAGAAAGUUAAAGAAGUCCCCGUUUGUCAUCUGAGCCGCCUCAUUUGCAUGUGUGACAUCACAGGCCUAGAAUACAUAAGAGGGCGCCCAGGCCCACGCUCAGGACCACUCUGUCUCGGGACUCUUUGGCCUCUUCUUUCCUUUCCGCUCCUGCAGCUGCGACCCUCCAACAUGACCGAGUUCACGGCGGAUCAGAUUGAGGACUUCAAGGAGGCCUUCGGUCUCUUCGACAGGAUCGGUGACAGCCAGGUGGCCUACAACCAGGUGGCCGACAUCAUGCGCGCCCUGGGCCAGAACCCCACCAACAAGGACGUGGUCAAGAUCCUGGGCAACCCAUCAGCCGAGGACAUGGCCAACAAGAGGAUCAAUUUCGACGCCUUCAUGCCCAUGCUGAAGCAGGUGGACGCUCUGCCCAAGGGUACGUAUGACGACUACGUUGAGGGUCUGCGCGUCUUUGACAAGGAGAGCAACGGCACCGUCAUGGGCGCUGAGCUCCGCAUCGUGCUGUCCACCCUGGGAGAGAAGAUGAGUGAGCCCGAGAUUGAAGCCCUCAUGGCCGGCCAGGAGGACGAGAACGGCAGCGUGCACUACGAAGCGUUCGUCAAGCACAUCAUGUCCGUUUAAGCGGCCCGCAGAAGGAGAGCGUGUUCAGGACAUUGGACAUUCGAAGACCAAGAAGAAAAGACAAGGACUUUGUACACGGGAUGUUGAAGCGAACCCAACGUUUUGUUUAUUUUGUUUACCGUUUCAACCGUCCUCUUAUCGGGACUGGCCCUCUCCGUUGUAGAACCCAUCACUCACCUCCCACCGGGGGCGUGUCUCCACUCGCCGCAUGAGGUGAGGACACGGGGGAGCAGGGGUGACCACUCAUCAAGUGAGGGCCGAUCCUUCCCUUCCCACCGCCACCUCAUUCAGUCGCGCCAUCACUGGCCCAGCAACGCCAAAGGUCCUGGAGAGCGGCAGUGGACUGACCGCCAAAGUCUCCCGUUGCCCACGAAACUAUAAUUUAUUUUCACUCUGUUCCUUUCAGAAUAAACCUAAUCCAGAGGACA